AUGGAUGAGUUUAAUACAGAAGCUUUCACCCUUUUGGGGGUAGCCAUUGUUGUCAUUGGCCUACGAAUGACCGCGAGAUGGAUUAUGGUUGGCCCAAAAGGUUUCCAAGCUGAUGAUUAUCUAAUGCUGGUGGCGUGUGUGGUGUAUGGGCUAGAAACCGGUGCUGCGUACAUGGUCGGCGCGUGGUUCAUGGGCCUUGCCAAUAACGCGAUGACGGAUGAACAGCGAAAAAACUUGUCGCCUGAUUCGGAAGAAUAUCGUCUGCGUGUGGGUGGCUCUAAGGUCCAGGUGGCUGGCUGGUCAUUAUACACUCUGUUAUUAUGGUUGCUGAAAACAUGCAUGGCCAUUUUCUACUCUCGAUUGACCGCAGGCUUAGUCAACAUGCGAAUCCGAAUCCAUAUCGCCUACGUUCUGAUCGCCACGACUUAUAUUGCUACGAUCUGCUCGAUCCUCUUCGGAUGUCAUCCAAUGAAGAAAAAUUGGCAGAUACAUCCAGACCCCGGGAAUUACUGUCAGCCCGCUGUGUCCAAGAUUGAUAUCUAUGUGACCGUGGUACUUAAUGUCGCUACCGACCUCUAUCUCAUUAGUAUUCCAGCACCGAUGCUUGUCAAAGCCCGACUAAAAUGGCGGGAAAAGCUCGAGCUCCUGAUUCUGUUUAGUGGUGGCCUGUUUGUCAUGAUGGCUGGUAUUCUACGCUGUGUUCUCAUCUUAACAGCGGGCGCGAAUGGGGCUCAACAAGCUGGCAGCUGGGCCUGCCGCGAGACUUUCGUCGCCGUCGUCAUCGGCAACAUUCCCAUGAUAUACCCUUUGGUAAGACGAUUCACAAGACGUGCCGGCCUAUACAUUACAUCAAGAGGUGGCUCACAGAGCUACCCUGGCUACCCUCUAUCAGAUGCAGAAGCCGAAACUGGUGGCAACGGGUAUGCUAAACGCAAGAAGUUCCGCCACCCGCUAUCAAUUCCAGACACUCAAUGGAAUACAACCAGCGACGAGGCAAUGAUCUUACCAACCUCACGACAGCAACCGCCCACAUGCACCGCUGGCGACGGCGACUGGGACUCCCGCAGCCAGGGCAGCCAAGGUGGAAUAAAGGUUGUUCAUGAAACAAUCAUUCACAGCACCGAAAAGUCUCAGCUGUAG